AUGACGGCCCCCUUAAUCCACUCACACCGGAAUAUUCUGAGGCCGAAAAUAAAAGUUUCUGGGCAGCUACAAAAUUUGGCGCACAGGGCUGGCCUGGACUCUCCUUUAGCAGCAUUUUUCAAUUUUGAAUUUUACAUUUUAAUCUUUAAUUAUGGGAAAGUACAAGAUGCACACUUGAUAGAGACUGAAUGUCCUUAUGUCCUAGAUAUUAAACCACAAAUUCCAAAGAUGCCAUUCAUUUUGAUGUGCAAAUUUAAUUAUAGAUUUGACGAAAGCUUUGCUGAAAGAGUAUGGGGCCUCACAGAAAUGUUCCCAGAACGUCUCCGCACGGGCAGCGCCAAUGCAGUUUCAUCCUCUGUCAGAUUAGUGAAAGGUGCUUAUGACCUAAGCCGACAGGUUGUGUGGAUAGCAGUGAGCACAUCAAUCCUCCUGUUUGCUCCUGUAAUGUUUGAGAUAGAAAGACUUAAUGUAGAAGAGAUGAUGAAACAGGAUAGAAACCGGCUUGUUCUUGGUCCAGGCUCAGCAAUGUCAGGUGGACCUCCUGCAGCUCCAGGACUUAUGCCACCCCCUCCUGCUCGCUAAUAGGACUGACUCCACCUCUCUUGUGCUCAUCAGUCCCCAGUUGUUAUUAUUUCUGUAGACUUUUUGAAUGGCUGUGUGGAUGCAUAGAACUGUGGAAAUAUUAUUUUAAGCCAUUUCAAGUUAAUAUGAAAGUAAGUGUAAUGUCAUCCAUGAAAUUGUUUUUGACCACUGAAAUUUUGAAUUGCCAGGUAGUGUAUUAAGUAAUGUGGUCGCUAGAAAGAUAUGAAAUAAACUGAAACUGUACAAUACAUUGGACCAACAGUUAUAGGUAGCUUAUUUUUCCACAUUCUUCCUGGAUUAUUUGUUGAGAGUGUAUCAUUGCAAAAUAGUGUCUGUUACAUUGUAUAGUGUUAUAUUUUCCUUUACAGAGGAAAAUCACUUCAAAAAAGUAAUGUUUACUAAACUUCAUAUUGAUAUGAAUUUAUUUACUGGAAUGGCUUGUAUGUAUAGUAAAUUUAUGUAUGUGCAGUUACUUCAUUUGUACAUAUGUGAAUAAACAUAACCUAUUUUUAGGUGUUAUGUUACAGUAUUUAUACUGUUAAAUCUUAAGAUGUCCAGGAUUGAUACCUGAAUGUACUAAAAGAUUGAUAGAUAGACUGGUAGUUGAUUGGUAGUGGUGUAUUUACUUGUGUUCUUUUGAAAUAAAUAUGUAGACUUGGACAUAUGAUAUAUGUUAACAGAUUUUUUUGUAUAAAGAAUUAAUCAGAAGAGAUGCUGUUGUAAACUGCUUCAAGCCAAUAAAUUUGAAAAGGGA